AUGUCCGCAGGCACUAAACUUGGGUCGUGGCCUGAAUGGAGUGCAGCUCUGAUCGCUGCUUUCAGCCCGCUCACGUAUGCCUGCGUCGAGCCCGACCAGCAGUGCUCUACGGCCGGAUCUCCUCAGGAGCACCACUUUGACGCACCAGUCGUGCCCAGUAACGCCUCGCCAGGGACGCCCGGAGGCUGCCCCGCCACAGAAGCCGGCUCCCCGAGUGUCGUCGCGGGCCCCAUCGCAGACGGUGGGAAGCGCAAGGCGACUACCACUCCCGCUUCGAGUCACCACCGAGUGGCAGAUCCCAAACCAGCAUCAUUAGCUCCACCACAACCUCUGAACACGCAGCAAGUCACCGCUGCUACUUUCACGCGGCCGUCUACGCCGGCUGAGCUGCUGCGACGAAAACCGUGCAUAGCUCAGAAUCCGCAGCAUCUUGCCACUGUAGCUGCACCCGGGAAGGUUUUGGCAGAUUGCUCCGCCACCUGCCCCACUGUAGACCCAGAGCGAGAGCCAUUUGUACCACCACGGCUCCUCGACUCUGCGGCGGCUUUCGACACCGUACCAUCGCUUUCAGAGACCAAGACCACUUUUGGUCCAAAGCAUUCAGUGCAACGGCUCUCAGCCACUUCAACGCAGGGGCGCAUGGAGGCGCCGACGCUACCACUCCGAGAGCCCGACCAGUCCACGGAUCAUGGCAGGGAGAUGCUUCCUGACUCGUCGGAGCCACAUCUCUGCAUGUCUACGCAGCCAAGCAAAUCGGGACGCCGCCGGGGAAGCAAGAAGGAUGACCCGUUUGGGGCCCCCGGGUCAGCUCCCGAUGAAGCAGAAGGAGUCUCACCUACGUACAGCGCCGUCCGAGAAAGGGACAUGGAAUCGGCGAUCACGAUGGACCUUGGCUCUAUGGCUCCGAUGUCGAGCACACUCACUGGAAAGAAACAAAAACCACCACCACAACCACCACAACUGGCCCAGCCAGCAUCCGACCAGCUAGCAUCGAUAUUGUCCGCUAAAAAAGAAAAGAAGCGACACCAUCGCCGCCAUCGCAAGGAGUCUGCAGCGGAGGUCGACGAGGGCAACCUCGAGUAUACAGCGACAACAGCUCUUCCGGAAGGGCUUAAACCAGACACAGUGGCAGGCGCCAUGUCUCUCUCCCAGAUGCAAGUCGCCGCCGCACCGGGACGACAAGCCCCGACCGGCACCAGGCAGGUGUCACCACGAACGGCUGCCAUGGCACAGAGACCAGUUUUUCAAGGCGCUACAGCGAGCACGAGCUCGUUACUAGACGGCACCCAACAGGCGGCACUUGCACCACGUACGCCCUCCAUGUCGACGUCAUUCACGUCGUCAACGACAGCUCCGGCUGCCCAUUAUCCUCCAGAACGUCCGCCAGCGGGGCCCGCCAGCGUCACGCGACCAGUAGCGGGUUCAGUCGAUGACUCCAGCAAGGUGACCCCUUCUGAUUUUGAGCGCCAGUCAACAGGCACCCGCGCAGCCACUAUGGCAUUGUCGGUUUCUCAGGCGCCAGGUGCUCUGCAGAAAAAAGACGAGACCAGCACUGCGCUACGCGAGUUACCGAAGCAGCAGUCUGAGCUCCCCAGUGCCGACUCUUCUACGUCGACUACGGGUAGCACCCUCCGCACGCUGGCUCGGCAGAGCAGUGCAAUUAGACAACAGUCAUUCUCGCUGGCGCGCGCGGCUGCCAAGUUGGCUCUAAAACCCAACAUUCAAGACAACGAGGAGGAGUCGGCUUCAGAGGAUGAGGAGGAAUCUCUAUCUCCGUCUACGCGAAAAGCAGCGCUACCGCCAUCGAACCUGGAAUUGUUCCCACAAGCCCAAGGAUAUUCCCAAUGGCAACCAUUCCCACCGAGAGCACCACCUGCCACUUACAGAUAUCCACAACUUUCUCCGCAAAACGGAGGCUCCCUAUGGCCUGGCGCCCAGCUACUAAGUAGUCAACCGUCCGCAAUCCGGCCGGUCUACAACAUUGGCGCUGCUUACGGACAGCAGCCAAAUCAAGCUUACAACUACAGCCAAGCAUUCCAAAAUUUCACGGCCCCGAACGUCGCUCCCGUAAACUCUACCCGGCCCGACUAUCAGCCACAGAACCCUCAAACAGUACAGAACUUCGGACCAAGGCCCACUAUGGCUGAGGUCACGAACACAACAGCGGUCCCUUCUCAAAGGAGCUUAAUGUUUGAGGCCAUGAACGCUAGCAGCGUUCGCGGUGGUGGCAGCACCUUCAUCACAGCCGUUAACCCUAGACAACAAGCUAGCGAGGUUUUGCCCGAUGGCACUUCUGUCGAGACGGGGUUCGCCAGAACCACGUUCCUGCAGAGCCGACCGAGCGAAGAGCGGCCGCUUCCCGCUAAAAAAGUAAUAGCCUGGUCCAUGAAUAAGUCUGCCCCAACUACGGCCUCUCGUCCCCCUGCAGCGUCUACAUCAUCCAUGCCUGCUCAGCAACCUGUUCCAUCUACUUCGGGCAGGAGAAGCUCUGAGACAAUGAUGGCCUGCUACUGCAAGUGCCACAGCUGUGCUGGUGAGGGCCACGGUUACCAGGAUGGCCAGCAGGGCGUGAGCUUGGAGAAGCUUCUGAGGCACGAAGACGGCAUUCGCUGGGACGAGCAGCUUCGCGAGCGUAGCCGGCUACUACGCGAAGAGAGAAUUCGCCAAGACGAGAGGCUCCAAACGCGGCAGCGGCUGCAGGACCAGGAACAGCUGCUCCGCGAGGAGCGGCAGUUCAGGGCCGACCUUGAGCGAAGACGUGAGGCCGACCGGGCUUUGGAGCGGGCACUCGAGAGGGAGAGUGAAGCGGACGCCAGGGCCAACGCAGCCGUCAUACAGAUUUUGGCGAGCACGAGGGCCCAAGAAAUCACUCGCUCAUCCGGUGGUGCCGACCAAGACACACAGGCGGCAGCAGAACAAGAGGGCGGAGCCUCAUCGAGCGAGGACGAUGCCGUGUUCGGGUCUGUCUCAUCGACGCUCGGCAAGCCUGCAAAUAAAGCAAGCAGUGAGCGACACUGCUCAGACGCUGGCAUUCAGCUACCGCAGACACCCUUGCAGCUGAGCCGGACGCCUUCGAGAACUGCUUCGUUAGAGCAACUGCCUACGGCGUGUGGUUUGAAGUCUACGAGAGAGAACCGCGUCAACACAGCAUCCACUUCUGACAAGGUGUCUGGCGAGUCCGAAAAGUUCGAUGAUGCCAAAUCCUGA